AAAAAAAAUCCUUAAGUCUCAUUUGGGGAGAGAGCUGGAACGGGGUCCAGAGGGUGUAGCCGGCGAAUUUUUCAACUUCCAAGUUUUGAACUGUGCGGGAGAGGGAGAGGGGGAGAAGGGCGCGAGCAAACAGGGAGGGAGCGAGAGGCAGAGAUUUAUCGUCUGAAUUUUCAAGAGAUCAUUUUUAUUAUAGUGGGCGUUUGGAAAGCAGUCUCCUAACGUUGCCCACAGAGAGAGAGAGAGGGAGGAGGGAGGGAGGAGGGAGCGGAUAGGCAGAGGCAGCAGGAGGCCGAGGCUGCCGCGAGAGGAGCCCGGAGACUGCGCGCUGCGGAGCCCUUCCAGCCUCGGGGGACGCUCAGGCUGGCUGCGGCUGGCUCCCGCACGCAUGGUGGCUGCCGCGCAAAGUUUCGCCUGCCGUCACUCCGGGACUCUCCUCCUCUGCUCCGGGCUCUAACCUUGAACUUCUCGAGAGCGUGGCGACAGUGCCGCAACAGCCCACCACCAACUUCUUAAAAAAAGAUUAAAAAAAAAAGGCCAAACAAAAAAUCCUCCCGCCCACCCCCCUCGAGUCCUCCCCCCCUCAUCUGCAAAACAGCCACCAGCAGCAGCAGCAGCAAAAGCAAGACUCCUGCGCCGCCGACUACAAGAGGGUUAAAAGUGUAGAUUGGAUUUCACCCCGGGAAAUCUAGCGCACGGAGUGAACUUGAAUCUUUGGCUAUUUAAGGAGGACUGGGGUUUGUUGUGAAGUUGUGGUCAUCCAGGGCAGAGCCCCGUCCUGACUGAUUUCAUCUUCCUUGGGUCUCAGAUGACUGUAAAAUGAAUAGAUGAAAUUACUCCUUUUUGAGGCUUUUCUUAGGGGCUCUCCGGGCAGCGCGUUCUCAAAGCGAAGUCAUGAUGUAUUCUCCAAUCUGUCUCACUCAGGAUGAAUUUCACCCGUUCAUUGAGGCACUUCUUCCACACGUCCGUGCAAUUGCCUAUACGUGGUUCAACCUUCAGGCUCGAAAACGCAAGUACUUUAAAAAGCACGAGAAGCGGAUGUCAAAGGACGAGGAAAGAGCAGUCAAGGAUGAGCUACUUAGCGAGAAGCCCGAAAUUAAGCAGAAGUGGGCAUCCAGGCUCCUCGCCAAGCUGCGCAAAGAUAUUCGCCAAGAGUUCCGGGAGGAUUUUGUGCUCACGGUGACUGGGAAGAAGCACCCAUGUUGUGUAUUGUCCAAUCCUGACCAGAAGGGUAAGAUUAGGAGAAUCGACUGCCUGCGACAGGCUGACAAAGUCUGGCGUCUGGAUCUAGUUAUGGUGAUCCUGUUCAAAGGCAUCCCCUUGGAAAGUACGGAUGGAGAGCGGCUCAUGAAAUCCCCACAUUGCACAAAUCCAGCACUUUGCGUCCAGCCACAUCACAUAACAGUAUCAGUCAAGGAGCUUGAUUUGUUUUUGGCAUACUACGUGCAGGAGCAAGAUUCUGGACAACCAGGAAGUCCAAGCCACAAUGAUCCUGCCAAGAAUCCACCAGUGUACCUUGAAGAUAGUUUUGUAAAAUCUGGAGUGUUCAACGUGUCAGAACUUGUGAGAGUGUCCAGAACACCUAUAACCCAGGGAACUGGAGUGAACUUCCCAAUUGGAGAGCUUCCGAGCCAGCCAUAUUACCAUGAUAUGAAUUCGGGAGUAAAUCUACAGAGGUCCCUAUCCUCUCCACCAAGCAGCAAAAGACCCAAAACUAUCUCCAUAGAUGAGAAUAUGGAACCAAGCCCAACAGGAGACUUUUAUCCUUCUCCAAAUUCACCAGCUGCUGGGAGUCGGACAUGGCAUGAAAGAGAUCAAGAUAUGUCAUCUCCUACAAUGAAAAAACCUGAAAAGCCUUUGUUUAGCCCUACAUCUCCCCAGGAUUCUUCACCAAGACUGAGCACUUUUCCGCAGCAUCACCACCCAGGAAUCCCAGGAGUUGCACACAGUGUCAUCUCAACUCGAACUCCUCCUCCACCUUCACCUUUGCCAUUUCCAGCACAAGCUAUUCUCCCUCCUGCCCCAUCUAGCUACUUCUCUCAUCCAACGAUCAGAUACCCUCCCCACCUGAAUCCUCAGGAUACGCUGAAGAAUUACGUACCUUCCUACGACCCGUCCAGUCCGCAGACUAGCCAGCCUAACAGCAGUGGUCAAGUAGUAGGGAAAGUGCCUGGCCAUUUUACUCCAGUUUUGGCACCCUCUCCCCAUCACAGUGCGGUGCGACCUGUGACCCUGACCAUGACAGAUACUAAACCCAUCACUACAUCCACUGAAGGUGAGGCAUCUUCACCUACAGCAACCACCUACACAGCCUCAGGCACAACCCAAGCCAAUCGAUAUGUGGGACUAAGCCCAAGAGACCCAUCCUUCCUACACCAGCAACAGCUUAAACUCACUCCCCCUUCUUUCAACUUCACUGAAAGAGUUGCAAGGACCUUCCCACAUGCCUAGAAGAUAGUGGCAGCACAUGUAAUUUUCUCUUGGCUGAGUUUAUCACAUGUAAGUCAUAUAAUGCUUAUUUAAUGAAUCUUCUAUUUUGGUUUGGUAUGGACUGAAAUAAAUUUGGAGAUUUUAGCAGUGGUCUAGGAAUAUAAACUUGAGAGUGAUCUCAAGGAUCAUCCCCUUUGGUGUUCACAAGCACCAUGUCUUACACUCCCUUUUGUGGUAAAACAUGUGGCCCUGUGGAUCAGGGGAAAAGGGAAAAAUAAAUUAGCUCUCACAUAGACUACAUAAAUAGAAAUUUCUUCUUCUUCAAUGCCACUGUGUGAAUCUAGCAUUCUCCCUUCUAAAGUAUAUUGCUCCAUAGUCUCAUUCAUUCAAGUGCAUCAACUGGUAACCAGUGAGCCAUACAGUAAAUUGAGAAAUUGUGUCAUAGUUUCCUCUUCACUGUGAAUUCUCUAUUUUUUUCUAAAUUUUGUAAGGGGGAUUUGUGUAUGCUUGCCUGAGUGUAUUUGUGUAUGUGCGUGUGCGUGUGUGUGUGUUUUUGAAUGGUUAUGUACAUAAAUACAUGCAAAAUUAGGGAAUAGUGUGUCCUGCUGAAAAUCCUGCAAGAACAGAAUGCUUGAACAAUGAACCUUUUUCAGAUGGAUAAAUAUGAGUAUAUAAAUGCAAUAUACACAAAAAAAGUUUCUAAUGAAUUAAUUGCCUUCAUCCUCUUAAAUCCUAAAAGGAUCUCAGAGAUGACAGUGCCAUAUACAUUUAUUAUCCAGAAAGUGGUCGGGGGGGAUGGAAGGAAGUAGAGAACUGAAACUGUCUAAAUAACUUCAAUAGAGUAAAGGCUAUCCUUUCAUAGGGCAGAAACGAGAUUGAUUUACUAUGUCCUUUCAUUACUUUACAACAAUUUAAAAGAGACCACUCUUGUGGCAGGUUCUAAAUGCAUUUUGUUUAAAGCAGCCCGUGAUGAAUGAAAAGGAAAAUCAAGGGGUACAUGAAAUAAAGGCAAUCAAUCAUUUUGUAUUAGCUGAGAGAAAUUCUAAAUUAGAAAGUCAAUGGUUUUAGUUCCAGAGAGGCCUCUUAAACAUUCACUGUACCCUGUAAUAUACAUUGACCCCUUAAGAAUAAAUAUUGUCACCAGUGCAUUUUUUACUUCAUUGGUGGGGGCUUUAUAAAGAUUUAUUCUCUCCAGUUAUGAGAAAUAUUGGCAUGUAUUGUUGAAUGCUUUUUUGUUGUUAAAAAGAACCAUAAUGUAGCCUACAUAAAUUACAGUAACAAUGAUAAACUUAUAAGUUAAACAUACAGUUUGCAGUGCAGGGUUACAUGGAGAACUUUUGACAAAGUAACAAUUUGCUAGGACUUCCAAUAAGAAUUUAUAGCACAAACUAUCUGAAAUACUGGCAUUCGGAUGGGAAGCAUUAAAUACAAUUUUGAAAGACAGCGCAUAAUAGCACCUAUGGGAGCAAUAUUUUUGCAUUUACUGAUUUGAAUACUGUGAAAAAUGGGCUGUUACAUGCGUUACUUAGCAUGCUACAUCGAUAGUUAGAAAGACAAGGUUGUAACAAGGAAUUAUAACUAUGCAACCCAUUUUCUGCUGUGAUUCCUGGUAGGUCUAGAUUUUAACUGCCUUAAAAUGCCAAGUAUUCUGUACUGUAACAGUAACAGUCACAAAACAAACCUGUUGCUAGAGUGGCAUCUAGACAGUCACUGUUUUGUUGCAGAAAAGUGCCAGCUGCUCCAAAAUAUCUAUUGCAAGUUGUUACUGACCACUUGGUUUUCUUUGAUUCUGUGUCCACUUCCAGGAGUUUAUCGUUAGUAAUGUGGUAGCAGUGUACUUGGGGGAGGCCAGCGGAGUGAGGGGAAGGGGGAAUGAUAAGAGGUAGUACGUGAGUGAGGACAUUUUUCUUAAUUUUGCUGUUGAUGGUUGGUGAGAUGGUUUUACUAAGUCAAAUCUAGUACUCUGUGCUCAUCAUCUGCAUUAAAAAACAUCUUUACCGAGUUGUGCAUACAAAAAAGGUUGGAUAAUCUUCACACUGGUGGCAGCCCCCUUUUUUCCCCCUCUUUCUUUCUCUGAUUCACUCACUGCUUAAAUAUGUACUUCCUGAAGAUGCAUGGUUUCUAAGUCUAUAGUAGAGGAAAAAAACGACAAAUUGAGAUAACUUAGUCAAAUCCAGUCCUCUACAAGUGAACAGAGUCUCUUUGUCAGAUUUUAGCUGUAUGUCCAUUCUUAUGGCUAUAUGGCUUUGACGGAGAAAUCAAUAGUUCAGUAACAAAAAUCUUAGUGGUCAGCAGACCAGAAUUCUCAUGGAUAUUGGAUGAUGUUUCUGUAACCUCAUUGUAUUUAUAGUCUCAGCUUCAUGGAAUCAUUAUGUUUGUGAAAUUAUGAACACUUAGAGAUAAAUUUGUGUUAUUUGUGGUUCUAAAUUUACCUAGAAUGUUGCCAGAAAUAGCAGUUGUGGACUGUAGGUGUGUAAAGAAUAUAGAAAGGUAGAUGGAUAGGUAGGUAGGUAGGUAGAUAGACAGACAGACAGAUAGAUUUACUGGAAGCUAUUUGUUCGAAGUACAGAUUGAUGGUUUCAGAAUUAAUCAACUUUCUGUAGGACUGAACAAAAUAACUAAGGCUCUCCUUCUUGGCCAAGAUGUUACUCAGUUUCAAUGCACCUUGGAGCUUGGGACUGAUAUUUUUGUUUUUAAUUAAAAAAAAAAAAGAAAUAAAUGGAAUAGAUAUUUGAGGCCCAUUAAAACAAUGACCUCUAAAACUCUGCUGUCUGUCCUGGUAAAAUGUGCUAACUGAUGCUGGCCCAGUUACUGAGGAACUGGUGAACUCUUCUAGUACUUGCACUGCUUAGCACAUCUGCAUGGAUUUCACUACAGCUUGGACUUUCUGCAUGUGGUGUGUGGUAUUCAUGUUUUUCACACAGCUUUGGCAUUUAUUAGUGAGACAUUUUGCCAUAUAUACAGCUAUAAUAAACACUUCAGGUCUCUAAAAUGUAAAAUGAGAAAAUUGUAAAUAGCUUUUUAUUUCCUACACACAGGACUGCCCUGCCUCUUUGGUAGGAAGUUGUUCUUUCCAGAUGCAUCCUUUAGUUACUGAAUCAUGCAGUUCAAAAUUGUAUUCUCUUCAUACUGGUCAUCAUGGAAAUUGUAAACUUAAAUGUCCACUGAAAACAGAGUAUCUGUUUUUAAAAUAUUUUGGGUGGAUGUUGCUUUUGCUUUCAGCAAAAGGUUGGAGAAGAACACAAGUGGGCUCUUAACAGAACUUCUCAGUAAAGCCAGGAAACAGGUUAUCAACACUUAGGCUGUUCUUAUUGUGUCCCUUAUCAUAAUUGACAGUUUGACGUAAAACUUGGUCACAUGACCGUGAGGAAGGUAUGUCAAUGGAUAAGAGGUCACCUUUCACAUAUGCUUGCUGGAAAGGAAACACAUUUAAAGGAAGUUUCAGUCAAAACAAUGACAAUAUGCAAAUGUUAGCUUUUAUGGGCUUUUCUCAAGUGGCAGAAACUAUAGCACAGUCUCCUAUUACACUUUCCAAAAUAUUUGUUUACAAUAACUAAUCAUCAGAGUAGCUUGAAGUGCAUAUUAAUCUCAGAUGGCUACUCCUUAAAUAUGAGAAAACAAAACUUGCUUAACUAUUAAUCCUUAAAAUUGACUCUGAUUAAAGGUUGAGCUGUUGACUAUAGGAUGUUAAUGUGCAUGGGAGCUGUGUAUGUGAAACGGUGCCGGAUAGCCCAAUAUAAGCAGAAAAGACAGCGACGGUGAUAGUCCAGCUCUCUGGCAGAACGGCAUGUUGGGGGGUCUCGGAGCAGUGUGCAAAGCGAGACUGUGCUUGCUGCCAUGUUACUGGUGGCAAAGCAGCGACAGGGGAGGUGAACGGCUGCGGCCGGUGGCAGAGGUCGGGGAAGUGCUCAGUCAGACUUCAGCUGCUCUGCGGGCCGGUGGCCCCUUUGUGUGAGCUGCUGGAGGGGGUAAGGGAGCUGCAUGGGCCCAGUGCAGAAAUACUUGCAGCCAGGUAGCUUUAGCGCCGGCUUCGAGCUCUCUCCCUGCUCGUGGGUGUCGUGGUGAGGAUGCAUCCUGGGGCUGCAGUGCCGAGUCCUGGGGAUGGUCGGGCGGCAGGUGAGGCUUCGUGGUGCACUGCGAGGCCGGGCCCCCUCUUCUCCGCAUGGCACGGCUCCAUGUUCUGCUUGGGGUGCUUAGGUGAGGGAGAAAUAAGAAAUACCCGGUAACGUUGUGUGGGUGGAAGACAUUACUGAAAGGGUGUUUGUGUGGCUUGCCCUGCUCCAAGUAGCAAAGCCGUGAGGCUGGAAGGCAGGCCUUUCCAGCAGCCUUCUAGGAAAGACUUUUCACCUUGUCACAUGCCAAAUCAUGUCAUUUAUUCUGCAUUCAAAACAUAUUUUUGAGAACAUUAGUAACGUUUUUCAGUAUUUAUUAAACACAUCUGGCUAGCACUGUUAACUGUUAAGUCCAUCUGCCAGGGAAUUCAAGCUUUCUCAAGCAGCCUACGAGUAGUUUCCUGCCGCUCCUUUUCACAUCUCCUGCACGGAAACUCUUUUAGGUUGCUGUGGGCGAGUGUGCCUUCUCCGCUAACACCGUGGCAUAAUUUUAAAGGCCACUGAAGUUACUCUGAGGUCUGUAACUGGCCAGAAAGCAUUCAGCGUGACUCCAAACAACAUGCAGAGCUCAAAACAUUGUACUCAGGUGCCCUGCAUCCUUCCAAAGCUAGGUGCAUGCGUCAGGGCUCUGCUCCCAGGCUUUUCCUACGGGUCUGUCCACGUGUCCUCUAUGGGCAGCAUUCCUUGCUGACGCUCCAAACACACGUCUUCGUCCUUCAAAUAGAGCAGGGAGGGGGGAUCUUAGAGCUCUUUUAAGCAUUUCCAGCCCUUUUACCCAGGAAGUACUCAAUGAAUGUGAGGGAUGCAGGCUCUUCAAGUGAUACUUCUAAAUAAUUUAUUAUCUUGGCCUGCUAUCUUAGGCAUCCUGACAUCUAAGCCGGAGUGAUUUGGGAGAGGGAAUUUUACAUCAGGAAGAAAAAAUCAUUUUCCUGGCAUGUUAGCUUUUAAAAACAAAAUGGCAGCUAUGUGAGGCUGCCGAGGAGUGUGGAACAAUAGCUUUUGGUGUUGGGAAGGUGGUUUUCAACACAGCUGGUGCAGUCCCAGGCUUGUCACAGAACUUGCCAUUAUACAGACUUUCAGUAUUUCAUGUAGUUGUAAUUACCACAAGUAGGGCAUAGUUGGUACAGCUUCAGUAACUGUAUAUCUGGUAUAGUAUGAAUCUUCAUAUAUGUGUGGGUAUGUUUGUACAGCAUGUAUUUAAAAUGUGUAUGUUCUAUAAGUAUCAUUAUAGUAUAUAGAUGUAUAAGUGUUGGGUGCGUGUGAGUGUAUAUAAUAUGAAGUAUGCCACUACUAACAUUUAUGAAAUAGAUUUGUAAAGCUCUUUUUGGAGCUUUUUUAAUUACAAUUUUAAUAUAUUUACUGUACAUUCAGAAAAUUUUCAUACAAGCUGUGGGGAGAAUAUCACUGUUUAGUAUACUAACUGGUUAAGAUGUAAUGUGUCAGCCCUGUAUUGUUUUCCCCAAGUAGAAAGUACAAUCAGGUUCUAUUGCACACUAAGUGCUUGCCAGAUUUUUGAGUUAAAUCUAAGUGCAUAAAAUCAUUCAGUAGCACUAAGUUUGGGAUUUUUAGCAUUUAUUAUACUCAGCCAAAGAGAAUUUAUUUGUAGAUUUUAUACUUCUUCUUCUCCUUCUUCUCUUUCUUCUUCUUCCUCUUCUUCUUUUUCCUCUUUUUCUUCUUUUUAAAAUUUAGGUCUUACGUUUCAACUGAAAGUGAGUUUUAUAACUAAGUUAUAAGGCUUUAAAAUACACUUCUGCAAUGAAAAUGAUGACACAUUCUUAAGGUUUAUAGCAGAAAUACAGCUACUGCAGACUGAGUAACUGAGCUGAUGUAUUUUUCUCUCUUCAAAAUUAAGAUCUGAUUUACGAUACCAUUUAUAAAGUGAAUAUACCAAGUAUUUACUUACCCCUUUAAGCAUAUUUAAUGUAUUUUUCACAGUUACCUCUAGCAAACUUUCCCUCUGCAUGUUUCCUUUUCUGGUUAAUUUCAUGUGGUUUAGUCAUGCUUUCAGUGGCCUUUAGAAGGUCCCUUAGAGUUCUUUAGAUAACAAACAAGAAACAAUCCCUGUGAAAACAUCAGAGACUAACAUUUCCAUUUCUCAGACCUUAACAGCAGGAAGCUUAUGAGUAUAACAGCCAGACAGGGUCAGAUUUGCAAUAUUGUCUUGUCCUUAGCAUAUGUAUUUGUCAGGAAAAGACUGUAAUUAAUUGUGCUCCUGUGAAAAUAAUUUAUUUUAGUUUGUUUGCUGUAGCCUGUGCACCCUGAAGACUGUGAAUAUGCAUAGAAAAAACUAGAAUGUGUUGAAUGCAAUUAAACUCAGCAAUGGUUAUCUUCAAUUCAGAGUGCUGUAUCAUACAUAAUGGUACAGUAAUUUAUAUACAGCAUGAGUAUACAGAGCUUGAAAUGUAUGCUUUUUAUAUGUUUUCUUCACAAGCCAGAUAAGUUUAUUUUCUUAAACUUAAAAAUAAGCAAUAUAUCUUUUCAAUAAAUCUGCUAGCACUAUAGGGCAGCUGUUAAACAAACAGAGCUAUAUAGGGUUACUUGAACAAUCUGUGAAGGCAGAACUGAUGAUCUGAGGAUCUGGGAAGAAUUUGUUUCAGCUUACAUUUAGUACAUUCCUCAUUAUAUUAAAAUGUAAUAAAAUAUUUUAAAUGCUAUUAUUCCAAGUCUAGAACAAGAUUAGAUUAUCUUAUCACCACUUACUAAGUAGAACCACUCUCAGUAACACUAAAUUAAUAAAGUUCAAUUACAAAAUACCUUUACCCUUCUUAAAUAGUAAGAUAAAGACAUAGUUUGUGUAGUUUGAGCAAUUUUUCUAUAAAUUGCAUGUCUUCUGUUUCACCAAAUGCAUGCUUUGAGAUAUUGAUUAUAUUUGACCUUAACUUAAUACACAUUAUUUAGAGCAUUGCUUAAAGAAAACAGCAUUUUGAUUUUCUUUCUUAAAAUAUUUCACUAUCGAAUAUUAACAUUUUCUUUUAUUCCAGCUCAGUUUGUAAUCUAAUAAUGGCUAAUUGUUAUGUGCUAAACACUAGUUACUCUUUUAUGCUUUAUUAAUGGAGGAGCAUAUUAAAGUAGCAUUAUCUUUAGCAAAUCUAUAGGCAUUUGUUUUUCAGUAAGUUAUUUUUGUUUGUUUGUUUGUUUUCUUUUUAAAAGUUACUUCUUGGGAAAGUAAGGCGUUUGCCAUGUACAGUACUAGUUUGCAUGUAUUCAUUUAAAUACUAAAAACUGUAGUACUGCUCGAUCCAUAUCUGACUGCUAGGUUUCAAUUGACAGCUGAGGAUUUGUGACUGGACCAUGAAUCAAAACGGCA